UUUGAUUACCAUCACAGACUUACUGAAGUUUCUGUAAGGCACCCUUCACAAUUUUUGUUCAACUACUUACUACUGCACUUAGUUUUGGUUAGAAAUAACACUGUGUUCUGCUUGGAUUCUUUUGGUACUUUCAUUUGUCAGGGAUUAGCAGAUACAGCAAAGAAGAAUUUUGGUGGUGGAAACACUGCUUGGGAAGAGAAGACCCUAUCAAAGUAUGAAUCGAGUGAAAUCCGUCUAGUAGAGAUCAUAGAGAAUCUGUGUGACAGCAGCAACUUUGAAUGUAACAACAUGGUAGAAGAGCAUGAAGAACAUAUAGAGAGAUGGUGGUUCAAACUAAAGAAGAAGUAUCCUGAUUUGUUUAAGUGGUUUUGCAUAGAAACAAUAGAAGUUUGUUGCCCUGCUGGAACAUAUGGACCAGAUUGCCUUGCUUGUCGUGGUGGAUCAGAAAGACCUUGUCAUGGAAACGGCCACUGCGAUGGUGAUGGUACCCGAGGUGGUGAUGGCUCAUGUAGUUGCAACAAGGAAUAUACUGGAGAUUUUUGUUUGGACUGUUCUAAUGGUUACUACAGUACCUUGAAAAAUGAGACACAUUCUGUUUGUACAGCCUGCCAUGCUGCCUGUGAAACUUGUACCGGAUCAAGUAAUAAGGACUGCCAAGACUGUAAAGAAGGCUGGGUCAAAAAUGAAGAAGCAGCUUGUGUAGAUAUAGAUGAGUGUGCUGCUUCUCCUUGCAAAGAUGAUCAGUAUUGUUUGAAUACGGAUGGAUCCUUCUCAUGCAAAGCGUGUGAUGCUAGCUGUGUAGGUUGCACAGGGGAAGGUUCUGACAAGUGUGAGACCUGUGCAUCUGGAUACAUAAAGCAAGACGAAAAGUGUACAGAUAUAGAUGAAUGUAACCUUCCAGAAAAGGUAUGCAUUAAAGAGAAUGAAGACUGUGUUAAUACUAAAGGUAGUUACAAGUGUGUAUGUUCAGAAGGGUUUGAAGAGAAGGAUGGAACAUGUGUUCAAGUUGUAAAAACAGGAGAGGAAAAAGAGACUGUAGCAACUGAGCCUUCACCUGGUGGACAUGAUGACUUAUGAUCUACAAUCAGAAUCAAAGACAUUCCUAUGUAAACUUUUAAAUUAUUGGACUAAGGCUCUGCUAGCUGACGUACUGUGGAAAUGAUAUAAAAUACGCAGGUUGCCAUUAGGGUUUUUUUUAAUGGUGACAAGCUGCUCUUUAAGCUGCAUUUCUUUAUUCUUAAAUACCACUUUUUUUAUACGGUUGUUUAAAAACAACACUCUAGAUGGGUAAGUAUAAAAUUUGAAUUAAAGCAAUGUACCCAGCAAUUGUACACAAGUUGCGGAUUUCUCCUUGUAGUGCCUACUGGAAACUGUCAUAUUCUUGGAAGGACUUAUGUUGCACUUCAUAAUUUCAGGAAUAAAUUGAACUAAAGUUUGGUGUUUCUUGACAUGAGAAGUAUUUCUAUAUCUGAAAUACCUUUUAGAAGUUGUCAAAGGGAAUCUCUUUGGGGGAAAAGUGCUGUUCCCUUAAAUGAAAUGGAAUGCCUAAUACUGCAUUCAAUAAAAGUUUAUUUUGUUUGA